UCAUUUGACCGUUCUUUCUCUUUUGUAGGUGACAAGACAAAAUGGCAGAGGACAAAACAUUUAAGCAAGAGUUACUGAAUAUAUUUGAAAAUGCUAAAGAUACACCACCUGACAAACUAGUGUUCACUUACAAUGGUGUGUUAUAUCCCACUGCAACUUGCAACAUUGAUACAUUUCAAGCAUUGGAAAGUUUUGAAGCCAGAUAUGAUGACAUCAUGUUAGCUGCUUAUCCAAAAUGUGGAAGUAACUGGACUAUGCGAUUACUCAGUGACAUGAUAAAAGUUGCCUAUUCUAGAAAUGCACUAGCAAACAUUCCAAUUCUAGAAUUUGCUGCUCCUGAUAAAUUUGAGAAACUAAAACAAGAAUACUCUCCCAGACUCCUGUCAACACAUCUGCACUAUGAUGCUAUUCCCAAAACUAUUUUUGAGAAAGGAGUAAAGAUCGUGGUGGUAAUUCGAAAUCCAAAGGAUACAGCUGUGUCAUUUUUCCAUUUUUAUAACAAUAGCCCACUGUAUCCCUCCUACAAUUCCUGGGAUACCUUUUUUCAAGACUUCGUAAGCGGAAAAGUUGCUUGGGGAUCCUACUUUGAUCAAAUGGUUGCUUGGAACAAACACAUUGAUGAUGACUCUGUAUAUAUAGUAACAUAUGAAGAGAUGAAACAGGACUUGAAGGCAGCAGUAAAGAAGAUGGCAGGUUUCUUUGGGAUUUCUCUGAAUGAAGAACAAGUACAGCAAAUUGCUGAUGAUGGAACAUUCAAGUUUAUGAAAGAGAAAGCCAAAGAAUCAUAUGGAGAUUUUGUGCCAGUGUUCUUUAGAAAAGGGGAAGUUGGUGACUGGAAAGAUUAUUUUACAGAAGCUCAAAACCAAGAAAUUGAUGCAAAAUUUGAAGAGUGCUUGGCGGGAACGAAACUGGGAGAAAUGAUGAAUUAUAAUGUAUACUGUAAAUAAUGAAUGUUUGAUGGGAUAUAAACAUCCAAUCAGUGGCCUAAUCUAAUCAAAACACAUUGUCGUAUGAAAACCUCUGACUUUAAACAGCAUUAUUUAAAUUAGCAAAGAAAACAAAAACUAACUUUUGUGUAGGAAAAAACAGGAAAAUCUUGUUACAACGAGCAAAACAAAACCGUAAACAACAGGAUUUUCACAGCAUUCACAGAAACAAAAUAUAUGUGAUCAAUUUGACAAAUAAUUAAUUCAGUAUUGGUGUUUACAGCUAAA